AAACGUCGACUUCGAUUUAACCGAUCCAAAUAAUUAUGAAAUUGCAUUCGCGUAUAAUUCGUUGCACGAUCGACACUUGGCUCGUUAUUUUUCCAAUGAGAAGAAUGUGUGGAGACUGAAAGAGUUGGGGUUCAUCACGGAUAAUUUAGAUGCCAAGUGUUCUGUCAAGGAGUAUAACAUGUAUCGAAAGUAUUUGCGGAAAGUACAUGGCGAUGGUGUGAGAAAAGAAUUGCGGAGGAGGGAAGAAGAGGGGAUGGAACGAAGGGAUCUGAAAAUUGCGAAUGCUGAAGCUCAGAUGAAAAUAACCAAGUAACAAACCUUACA